AUGGGCUUCUUCACAGGCUUUAUUGGCGGAUUCGCCCUCACCACUUCCGCCCUCUACAUAACAAUUACCAUCCACCGCACCAACCGCCUCGAACAACGGCGCGUCAUUCGCGACCAAGUUGAUCAAAUAAAUUGGCUCGCGAGGUCGACCGGUGCCUACGAUCGUCGGAAUCUCCCUGAGGAUAUUCCCCGCACACUGGAAGAUCGCUUCCCACCGAGGGAGGGCCCGAUUACCACCAAGGAAGUUCUCAAGCAUCGGUGGAACACAGAGGUCGAGAAGUUGGCUAGGAAGGCGCAUGAGACGAGGUGGGAGGAUGUGAGGGAUGCUACCGCUGAAGGAUGGAGGGGGGUGAUGAGUCUGGUGAAGAAAGAGUAG